AUGAAACUCGAGAAGGCAUACGUGGCCGUCGUUGUAACAGCAUAUGUGUAUAUAACGCUAGCCGUGGUUGCCUUAUGGAGGUUUCGUAAUGACUCGUCGGGGUUGUACUAUUGUUGUACAGCACUACUUGCACCAGUUGCAUUUUGGCUCUGGAGCGUAAUGUCUUGGUGCGGAGCUCAAGUAUUUGCCAGCGCCAAGCGCAAAUGA